GCGCGGCGCUCACUGGGGGCCCGGCUUUCGCCCGCUGCUGCCGCCGCCGCCGCCGGCCGCGGCUGCUCUCCCAAGAUGGCGGCUCCUCCGGGCGAGUACUUCAGCGUCGGGAGCCAGGUGUCGUGCCGGACGUGCCAGGAGCAGCGGCUGCAGGGCGAGGUGGUAGCCUUCGACUACCAGUCCAAGAUGCUGGCUUUGAAAUGUCCCUCAUCCAGUGGCAAGCCCAACCACGCAGACAUCUUGCUCAUAAACUUACAAUAUGUUUCAGAAGUGGAAAUUAUUAAUGACCGAACAGAAACCCCUCCUCCCCUAGCUUCACUCAAUCUAAGUAAGCUUGCCAGCAAAGCACGGACAGAGAAGGAGGAGAAGCUGAGCCAGGCCUAUGCAAUCAGCGCUGGGGUCUCCCUAGAGGGCCAGCAGCUCUUCCAGACCAUUCACAAAACCAUUAAAGACUGUAAAUGGCAAGAAAAAAACAUCGUAGUCAUGGAAGAAGUUGUUAUUACACCCCCAUAUCAAGUGGAAAACUGUAAAGGCAAAGAGGGGAGUGCACUGAGCCAUGUACGCAAAAUAGUUGAAAAACAUUUUAGAGACGUGGAAAGCCAAAAGAUCCUGCAGCGUUCACAAGCCCAGCAACCACAGAAGGAGGCUGCCCUGUCAUCCUGAGUCCACACACACGGAGACUCUUCCAGCGUCCAGCCACGGAGGCGGCGGUGGCGGCUUCGGCGGAGGCAGGCCGGGGGAGGGAAGGGAUCCUAUAUUUCUGGCUGGCUCUUGUUAACAGAGGGCCAGCGUUUCCAAAUCUUAGACUUGAACAAACAAAACACCCAACAAAAACAGAACAAGAGAAUAAUUUAAAAGUUGAAUCAUUACUUGACUAACAGACUUCGGUCCACCAUGUCCUUUUCACAGCCCCCCUCCUGGAACAGUCACCUUGUUAAUUUUAUUUUUGAAAAUUCCUUUUCUGCUCCACCCUUUCUCCUCUGACGUUCCUUUCCCAGCCUGUCCCUGGCAUUCUGUUUUUACACAGGUGUCCACACUUGCCUUCUGAGUGGUUGAAAGAUACUUUUACAUCUCUUCCAAAAUAAAAGUAACAAGCUGACUGUGACAUUAAACCUAGAGGAGAGCAGCAGAGUCUCACUUGAAAGUUUUGGAUUUCUUUUUCCCCCCACCCCUACCCCAACCCCCCCCCCUUUUUUUUUUUUUUUGCACAGGGCAUGGCUUGAAUUAGUUUUAUUUUUCUUAACUUUAAAUAUAUAUAUGAAAAUAUAUAUUAAAAUGUUCUCUAAAUAUUUUCUGCUUCUUGCAGGUCUCUUUUUACUAGAUCAUGGCCGUUCUUCCCACCUCCUUCCUCUGAAAAUGAACAAUGCGUUGCCCUCCUCACCGCCCCUAGCCAGGCAGCUCACUUGACUGGGUUCCCACGACACUCGCCUGUGGCACUCUGUGUGCGGACGGGAUUCGGCCGGGCGAGUCCCUGAUGGGCCUGGAGUCAGUUCCCUGUGUACAAGUCUCACACGGGCCAGACCCUCAGGAUGCUCCUUCUGCCUUUCGUCUUACUUGAUGGUACUAGAAGCCCCUCCUGGCCACCUCCUGCCUCCCAGGUGGGGAGCCCCGCUGCCCCUGUCCCCUGCCCUCUGCCGGGAGAGCUGUCUGCAGGGCACGUCUCACAUCCUCCUCGAGGGGUGAUUUUCUUUUACAAGAAACUUGGACUCCGCGGAUCUGAGUCUCUCACAGUCGCUACCCAGAGGCUUUGGCCCAGGAGAAAGCUUGAGGGACCUAUAAUUUCUCUUCUGCCAAAUCCUCUUCUUAUCCCCCGCCUCCCCCUUGAACAUUUUACAAGCUUAUGACAGUUUGUAUGUGCUCAGCCGAUGGGCAGAAAACCUGGAAAGAUUUUCUGGACUGCAGCCCACUGCCUGUCUGGUGUGAGUAACCUACUGAGAGCUAAAACUGGCACCUGUUGUCCCCGCGCUGCCAGGGCACUGUCAUGGGGCAGAGUGCCACGUUUGAGUAUCAGGCACUGAGUGGGCUGUGGGCGAUGCUCACGAGACCGGCUCGAGCUUUUGGGGGUAGAGGGGGGGUUAAUGACAAUUUUUUUUUUUUUUUUGGCCAUGAUCUCUUUCCCUUUCCUUUUUUCUUUUUUCUUUUUUUUUUGUAAUUAAAUAAAUGAUCAAAAUUAAAUAAUUCAAGCCCUGCCUUCCAAAUGAAAUUUUUUUUUAAGUAUUGUUUAGCAAAAACAAUAAAACCCAAAUUUUUUUAACCAUCA